AGGUCCUUUUCUUAUCAUACUGUUUUUUGAUUUAAGCAAUCUCUGUCGUGGUCAUUACGACAUCACCAGCAUUGGCAUCGCCCAAAGAUCUAUUGCGUCGUGUAAAUCGUGUUGAACGGCUAUGAGGACACAAGCCUGGUUUCAUAACUGAUUGUUCCAGUCAACCCUACAGCAACGUGAGGCAUCGGGCCUUUCAAUACGCGGAGCGCGUCCCCCUCCGACACUCAUAAGGAGCCCACGAGCUCGCAGCUUGCUUAACUUUGCAUUGUCUCCCCAGACUUGUAUCACCAUGCUGUCGCGUCCGUCCCGAGACGACAGCGUUCUGCUGUAUACUCGCCGAGAAUCGAAAUUUAUCGACAAUGUCCCCCCAUUCCUCUCCAGACCGCCAAGUCCAGUCUCUUCGGCAUCGUCCUCGCCAUCAUCACCGCCCCCUCCGUACGAAGCGAUACCCUUCUUCAAUUCUGCCACCCCUUCUCCACAUUGUUCAGGGAAAACCUCCCCCGUAUACCCGCAUUCGCAUCCUGAACGAUACCCUAGUCUGUCGGCAUUGUCAUUGGCCAGGCAGGUAAAUAGCAUCACCGCUCCUCCAUCGAGCGUUUCGGCGCCUCGCCUACGUGAAGCGCUGGAUUCGCUUGACACACAGAUGGCAUCGCUGUUAGAGAAGCGCAGGGAAUUGGAACAGCAACUAAACCACGUCGUACGCUCUCAGUCACCUAUUCAAAACCUUCCCGAAGAGCUCCUGGGUUUGAUCUUCGUCGCUGGAGUGUUCAACGUCGGCGAUGACACGGUGCUGGUGUCUACAUUGAUGCUAGUUUCGCGGUAUUGGAAGGACGUUGUGAUAAAUACGCCGGAACUUUGGUCGAAUAUCGUCAUUGGGCCGCAUGAUUCGCUCGAGAAGGCGAGUCGGAGGUUGUCGCGAUCAAAGUCAGUCCCACUGGACAUCACGAUCAACUUCGGCCCUCGCCCUGGUGAAUGGGGUAGUGAUGUUACUGCCAACAUUGUGGGCGCGAUGGAUCUCUUCCGGUCUGCGCUCUGGCGUGCGCGUUCCUUCCGUCUCAGCGUGUCUAAUCGCACUCAUGCACAUUCUGCGCUAGCGCACUGGCAAGAGGGUGCGCCUCAUCUUGAGACCGUGUCAAUACGCGUUCUCAACUCACUGGAGGAGGUGGCUGAGCCAAGUCAGAGUUUUUCUCUGUUCAAUGGCUAUACUCCUCGACUCCGCUCGUGCGACUUCGCAUCGUACAAUUUCGGAUGGGAUCGGCGUAUAUUGUGCGAUCUAAAAGUGCUGCAACUCGAUGGGUAUUGGGAAGAGUGUGCACCGUCACUUGGGACGUUGUUGGAUAUCCUUCGCAGUUGCCCCAAGCUAGAGGAGCUAGUCCUUCGCCACAUGUCCGACGUCGAUGCCGACGAAGUCGCUACUUUUGAACGCGAGUUCAGGUCGCAGGCCACUGUUGACCUCUCACGGCUGACGAAGCUGUCCCUGCACUACUGCGGAUGGAGUAGGACGAGGUCAAUUCUUAGCCGUCUGUCCUUCCCAAACCUCAAAGUCUUGGUUAUGUCAUUUUUGGAUAAUCUCACCCCGAUACUUGAGCAACUGCAACAACAAUCUCGUACAUCCCUCCCCCUGUCCCACCUUCGCAUCGAUUCUUGCUCUUUUGAUGAGCAGAAACUUGUCGGUCUUCUCAGCAGUCUUGAUUCACUGCUUACGCUGGAGUUGGUCGACAUGACGGAAGUUUCUUGCUUCGUGUUGAGGAAUCUAGGAAAUCCGCCUCACUCGUGUCCGUGGAUAUGUCCCAAGCUGAAGACUCUGAGCCUCGACGGCUGCACGUCGAUAGAAUGGGAAGACCUCCGCGACCUGGUGGAGUGCCGUCUAUCUGGGCGAACAUCCACUUCGGAUCUCUUUGCUCCUCUCCUUUCAGAAGCAACAUCCAUUUCUGCCUCCGCACGACUUCAGAUCUCAUCGGAGCCUUCAUUGCCGAAUCAUGCCCUCGUUCCCUGCCAAUUAUUGUGCAUAGACAUCACACGGUGUCCCCAGAUCAGCAAGGAGAUGGUCCAAUGGCUGAGGAUGUAUGUUCGUGACGUGCACUGCGAACCGACGAAGGGCACAUGGGGCGAAGCUAUCCUCCCGUGACCCCCGUUACGUUCUCCGCGAGGCAAGAACGGAAGGAAGGGGCGGGAGAAAUGUAUAUAUGGUUUAUAAUUAACUUUAUCUGACGUACGACGGCGGUCGUCACCAGUGGUCGUCCGUCAUGCGUACGGUCGUUACAGGUCGUUACUUUAUGCCAGUUUAUAUAUCUUAAUCCGGAGAAGUAGUUGUCAACCAACAAUGUAAUCGUAGAUCCUCCAAGAAGUGCUAGGAAGGUGUUGAGGAACGGGAUCAGUGACGUCGACGUAAUCGGUACCUGGUUUGAGGCAUGAUGAGUCUUGGCUGCGAGAAUGGCUCGGGGCAAGUAGUAUCGGACGUUGGUCAGAAGCUUUUGAAUGAUGAGUUAGCCGAUACGCCUCAGCGUGGAGGCAAGAUAACGGGUUUCCAGAUCCAAGUAGCUGAGCGCAUCCAUUAAUACGCGUUCGUUGGGAUCUCAUUCCGAGCGUCGACAAGGACGUUAGUACCCUUGACGUUGACCCUAUCAAGAGGCCGAAGGUUGACUAGGACUAGUACUGCUUAUGAUCAACAAU